AUGGUCAUGAUCUUCGGUGAGAUCAGCACAAAGGCCAUCGUCAACUACGAGAAGGUCAUCCGCGACACCAUCAAGGAGAUCGGCUACGACGACCCCGCCAAGGGCCUCGACUACAAGACGGUCAACGUCAUUGUGGCCAUCGAGCAGCAGUCGCCCGACAUCGCCCAGUCUGUGGACUCGGUGACGGACGAGGACGUCGGCGCCGGUGACCAGGGUAUCAUGUUCGGAUACGCCUCGGACGAGACGCCUGAGCUUAUGCCCCUGUCGCACGUGCUGGCUACCAAGCUCGGCUCUAAGCUGACUGAGGUGCGCAAGAACGGUACGCUUGACUGGAUUCGCCCCGACGGCAAGACCCAGGUCACCGUUGAGUACAAGCAGGAGGAUGGCCGCAUGGUGCCGCAGCGUGUGCACACCGUGGUCAUCUCCACCCAGCACAACGACGAUGUGACCAACGAGCAGAUCGCUGCUGACCUCAUGAAGCACGUCAUUCAGACCGUUAUCCCGGAGAAGUACCUUGACGACAAGACGGUGUACCACUUGAACCCCUCUGGACGUUUCGUGAUCGGUGGCCCUCACGGUGACGCCGGUCUUACUGGCCGUAAGAUCAUCAUCGACACCUACGGCGGCUGGGGCGCCCACGGUGGCGGUGCCUUCUCGGGCAAGGACACGACCAAGGUCGACCGUUCGGCUGCCUACGCUGCCCGUUGGGUUGCCAAGUCGGUUGUGGCCAAGGGCCUUGCCCACCGUCUUCUUGUGCAGCUCUCGUACGCCAUCGGUGUGCCCUACCCGCUGUCGAUCCACGUCGACUCGUACGGCACGGUGAAGGAGGGUCUGACUGACGACGACCUGGUGGAGAUCAUCAAGAAGAACUUCGACCUGCGUCCGGGUAUGAUCCAGAAGACUCUGCAGCUGAAGCGUCCGGUGAUGCAGAAGACUGCCGCCUACGGCCACUUCGGUCGCGAGGACGCGGACUUCACGUGGGAAACGGUGAAGGAGCUCGAGCUGUAA